UUUGACAGCGGCUCCGUUUUCUCCCCUUCACCUCUUUGCUUUCCUUUCUUCCUCCCUCUUUUCUUUCUCUCUUUCACACGCCUGCAGCCCUGCGUGUGUCUGCGUGCUGUGUGCGUGCGUGUGAGUGUGUGUGUGUGAGAGUGUGUGAGUGUGUGUAUUUAUUCGUGUAUUGAUGCAGCUCACGUCCAGGCACCGAGCUCCCUCCUCGUCCUCCUUCCGAUGAGAAGACGGAAAAGAUGGAGCUGCACAUUCUGGAGCACAGCCUGAAGGUGGCGAGCAUCGAGAAGGAGGGGAUCCAGGUCUGCACACACGCACUGAUCAAACUCGCCUUCCUCGCCUCCAGGACACGAUGCAAGUUCUUCAGUUUGACGGAGACUCCGGAGGACUACACCAUCAUCGUGGACGAGGAAGGCUUUAAAGAACUGCCCCAGUCGGAGCACAUCAGCGUCGCCGAUGCCACGUGGUUGGCCCUCAAUGUGGUGUCAGGGGGCGGCAACGCCUCCAACUCACAACCCAUCGGGGUCACCAAGAUCGCCAAAUCGGUCAUCGCACCGCUGGCCGACCACAACAUCUCUGUUUUCAUGCUGUCGACGUAUCAGACGGACUUUAUUUUGGUUCGAGAGCGAGACCUGCCGAUGGUCAUGCACACGCUGUCUUCCGAGUUCACGUUGCUGCGGGUGGUCAACGGCGAGACUGUUGCCGCGCACAAUCUGGGAGUCACCAACGGAUUUGUAAAACCUAAACUAGUGCCCCGGCCCAUCAUUCACCCUCUAUCUAGUCCCAGCAACAUGUUCUGUGUGACCAGCCUGGACCCAGACACUCUGCCCUCUGUAGCCACCCUGCUCAUGGACGUCAUGUUCUACUCUGGAGGGCCCAAAGAGCCCGGAGCCUCGAGUGAAGACUCCAGCCACAUCCGCUUCUUCUCCUUCUCGCUGAUCGAGGGCUACAUCUCCCUGGUCAUGGACGAGCAGACCACUCAAAGGUUUCCAAACAACGUGCUCUUCACCAGUGCUUCUGGUGAACUUUGGAAAAUGGUUCGUAUCGGGGGACAACCUCUAGGCUUCGACGAGUGCGGCAUCGUGGCUCAGAUAUCAGAACCUCUGGCAACAGCCGACAUUCCAGCGUACUACAUUAGCACCUUCAAGUUCGACCACGCCCUGGUUCCUGAAGAAAACAUCCAAAGCGUGAUCGGAGCUCUGCGGACGGAGAGCGCGUCGCAGUGAGAGAAACCACGAGGAGACGAGCGUUUUCACAAGUCACUUAGUUCAAACGUGUAUCAUGUCCAAAAAGUGCCAAGAGUGUAUCGGCGGAGGACUGAGGACGGGCUCCGCGAGAAGGAAGAGGUGUAAGCACAGAGUGAGGGUGGAGUUAGUUGUUUUUCUUUCUGACAGUGUGAUGGGGAUGAUGCCUUUUUGUUACUGUAUCAUUUUAUGGGUUUCUUGACCCUCACUCCUUCUUCGUUUCUCCUCCACUGCUCUGCUAGUUUGAGUUUUGACCCGACUGACUUUCUUUUCCUCUCUAAAGCUGCUUAUUCCCACUCCCUGACCCUCGUGAGCACCAUACUGUAUUAGUUACAAAAUUCCUCUGAUGGAAGGAUGACGAAUGUACUCUGAAAAAAAAGAACGAGAUUUAUACAUAUAUUUAUAUAUCUAUAUAUGUGUGUGUAUAUCUCAAGUUCUCAAUUUCUUUUUUGGUUUGGUUUUGUUUUUGUUUUUCCACAGGUCAUUUUUCUCAGUGCCAAGAUGUUUGAUGCCUGAUUUGAUGCCUUUGUCAAAAUACUUUACAUGUGUGCAAUUGAAGGAGACAAUUUGGGCGUUGACAGGCGUUAUAUGGUUUGUUUGGUUGUUGUUGUUUUUUUUUUUUUGUUGCUUUUAUUAGCUGCUGAACAUGUUUUAAUUACAGAAAGUAGACUGUCAGACUUCAGAGGUUAAAUUCAGUCGCCUCGUCUGGUGAAACAUGAAGUGAAUCAUGAUGAGAAAUUCAUCUUUUAGUGCUCGUGUAAGUUUUAUUCUUUCGCACUGUGAGCAACUUGGUCAGCACAGAAUCUGCAGAAUGUACCCACGCACGUUUUAAACAGAGAAAAUCGAUUGUUAUUUAUCUAUCUAUGGUUGAUUUUUUUUUUUUUUUAAUUGAUUCUACGCUAGAAAGCACAGGUUGUGCACAGUUGCACUUGAUUAGUUAAUUAAAAGAUUAUUUAAUGUAGGAAAAUAUAUAAUAAUCAAUGAAAUGUUGGAUGUUUGAUUUAAUCAUUUAAUCUACUUAACAUUUCUCUUUUACGUUGUAAAUUAAAAUCCAGAUAGAAAGUAGAGAGGAUCACACCAGCUGUUAAUGUUCUGACCUGCGAGUCACAUUUUUAUUUUCAAUCAGCGUUAACUCCCGGGUCAAUGACAUGAAAAAUAAAUAAUUGCUUAUGCUUAGCUUAGCAUAAAAAACAGGGAAACAGUCGCCUGGCUUGGUCCAAAUGAAUAAAUAAAAUACAACUUCAGGCAAAAACUCCACAGAAACUAACAAAUCUUUUUUUAUUAAUCUCAGCACUUACAAACAUCAAAUCCAUAUUUUCCGUUUCUGACAGAAUUCUCGAUAACGUAGAGUAUCUGGAAUAAAGAGAUUUGUUCGUCGACAGAUAAUUAACACAACGUAAAAAGCAGUAAAAGAGUUCAACGCUUUUUUUUCCGAUCGAGUUGCUCACGGUGUGAAUCUGCAGUAAGAACCUGACGAUACAUCCCAUAAUGAAAAAUGUUUGCAUCGGUCAUGAUAAAAAAAAUUACUGAGCCACUUUGAUAGUGUACUACAAUAAUGACAAAGCAUAAGCUAAGGUUCACAUAGGGGAAGGGGGUGUGUGUCCAUGUCGGUGUUGAAGCCACCGCCACUCCCCCCCCCCACGCCCCAACUCAGUCUGCACUUUAACGCAGGUUCACCCCCACAGGCCUGCUGUCAUGAUGUGAAAACGGA